AUGCAACAAACAAAACAACCUUCACAACAGCAGCGAUACCAGUUCCUGUAUGUGCUACCAAUACAUUCGCCUGCAAACGCAUCAACGAUUGGUACGCAGACAACUGCUACAUUAACCUGGGGUGCAGUUGCUACGGCUACUUCUUAUGACGUGUACAUCUGGACAGGUGCUACUGCGCCGGUGACACCAACGGCUAAUGUAACUGCUGCUACCUACAGUGCUACCGGCUUAACUGCUUCAACGCUGUACAAUUGGUAUGUGGUUCCGAAGAAUGCCAGCGGCCCAGCAGUGGGUUGCGAUGCGACCAAUGCUACAACAUUUACUACAGCUGCUAUACCAGUUCCUGUAUGUGCUACCAAUACAUUGCCUGCAAACGCAUCAACGAUUGGUACGCAGACAACUGCUACCCUCACCUGGGGUGCUGUGGCUACGGCUACUUCUUAUGACGUAUAUAUAUGGACCGGUGCUACCGCUCCAGUAACGCCAACGGCCAACGUAACUGCCGCUACUUACAAUGCGACUGGACUGGUUGCAGGUACCCUGUACAACUGCUGCUAUACCGGUACCAGUAUGCGCUACCAAUACAUUGCCAGCAAACGCAUCGACGAUCGGCACACAGACAACGGCUACCUUAACCAUGGGGUGCAGUUGCAACGGCUACUUCUUAUGAUGUUUAUAUCUGGACAGUGCUACCGGCUUAACUGCUUCUACGCUGUACAACUGGUAUGUGGUUCCGAAGAAUGCUUCGGUCCUGCAGUGGGUUGUGAUGCAACAAACAAAACAACUUUCACAACAGCUGCUAUACCAGUUACCUGUAUGUGCUACCAAUACAUUACCAGCCAACGCAUCAACGAUUGUGCUACCGGCUUAACUGCUUCUACGCUGUACAACUGGUAUGUGGUUCCGAAGAAUGCCAGCGGUCCAGCAGUGGGUUGCGAUGCGACCAAUGCUACUACAUUUACAACAGCUGCUAUACCAGUUCCUGUAUGUGCUACCAAUACAUUACCUGCAAACGCAUCAACGAUUGGUACGCAGACAACUGCUACCCUCACCUGGGGUGCUGUGGCUACGGCUACUUCUUAUGACGUGUACAUCUGGACCGGUGCUACUGCGCCGGUGACACCAACGGCCAAUGUAACUGCUGCUACCUACAGUGCUACCGGCUUAACUGCUUCAACGCUGUACAACUGGUAUGUGGUUCCGAAGAAUGCCAGCGGUCCUGCAGUAGGUUGUGAUGCAACAAACAAAACAACCUUCACAACAGCAGCGAUACCAGUUCCUGUAUGUGCUACCAAUACAUUCGCCUGCAAACGCAUCAACGAUUGGUACGCAGACAACUACUACAUUAACCUGGAGUGCAGUUGCUACGGCUACUUCUUAUGA